UAAGAUACAAAAUAACUGACGCUGAAAAGCCAGGCAUGGAAGACAAGGAUGAAGAGGAGGGCUGUUUAUACCCGGGCCUGUUUCCGUUCAGUCGAGAGAUUAAAGCCAAGAUGGAGCAGUUUGUGGAGGAGAGAACAGAGGCCAGUUUGUGGAUUUCUGUGCUGGUGGGAGCUGUGGUAACCAUUUCAUUCCUUGGGUUUUUGGUGUUUCUCCUUUACAGAAGAUACAAACGAUCAAAGGAAGAUGCCGGUGUUCCUCACUACCGCUUCAGAAAAAGGGAUAAGGUGAUGUUCUAUGGGCGAAAGAUCAUGAGAAAGGUUCAGACGUUGUCCACAACGUCUGCUUCUAGCUCAAGUGUAGCCUCACGCCAGAGAGGGAGGAAGAGGACCAAAGUCUUGACCAUCGCUCGCAAGAUCCUUCGUCUCCGCAGGGAGCCGCCCACCCUGCAGCCAAAGGAGCCCCCUCCAUGUCUGCUGGAGGCUGACCUGACCGAGUUUGACGUGCAAAAUUCCCACCUGCCCUCUGAGGUGCUGUACAUGCUGAAAAAUGUCAGGGUGCUUGGUCACUUUGAGAAGCCUCUCUUCCUGGAGCUGUGUCGUCACAUGGUGCUGAUCCAGCUUCAUCAGGGAGAGGGACUCUUUAGACCUGGUGACACUGAUGACAGCAUUUAUGUGGUCCAAGAUGGCCGCCUGGAAUUGUGCAUCCAUGAAAGCGACGGUACUGAUGCUGUCGUGAAGGACGUGUUACCGGGAGACAGCGUCCACAGUCUGCUCAGUAUCCUGGACGUCAUCACUGGCUACCCAGCUCCAUAUAAGACAGUGUCUGCCAGGGCUGCAGUCCCCUCCACUGUCCUACGUCUUCCAGCUGUGGCUUUCCAGUCAGUUUUUGAAAAAUAUCCAGAGACUUUGGUUCGUGUCAUCCAGAUCAUCAUGGUGCGUCUUCAGAGAGUGACGUUCCUUGCUCUACACAACUACCUCGGUCUGACCACUGAGCUUUUCAACCCGGAGAGUCAAGCUAUCUCCUUGGUGUCAGUGGCAAACGUUCUGGGUGAAGCUUCUCAGCACAAAGGUUACCGCAAGCAGUCGUCUCAUUCUGAGGACUCGGGCUCAGAAAAAACUGAUGCAGAGAAAUUCAGCCCUUCUGACAUGUCCACAGCUAAAUACAAGAAGACUCCCUCUUUGCCUAAUUCAAGUGCUGCUACAGGUGAAACGCCAGUCGAAGUUUACAGAGGGUACGAACAGACUCAAUCUGCCAAAGAGGAAACGGCAGUGAAGUCUAUCCUAAAGAAGAGUGUGACCAUGCAGUACACUCCAUCUGCUGUCUACCAUUACAGUGAUGCUGCAGGAGGAAGCAUCCACCAUAAUAAAGUCAAUGCCAUUUUCCAAGCUGCUAAAAAGGAUCUGCUGCAAGUCGUCCAGCUGCAGGACCCCGGUCUGCUGGAAGGAAGAGUGACACUUCGUCAGGUCAAAGCUGGUUCUGUUGUGGGCCACCAGGGAGACCAGGAUGUGAGUGUGGCGUUCGUCAUCUCGGGGCUGCUCCAUGUGUACCAGCGGAUGAUAGACCGAGAGGAGGAGAGUCUGCUGUUUGUCACCCACCCAGGGGAGAUGGUGGGCCACCUGGCUGUCCUCACGGGGGAGCCCCUCAUCUUCACAGUGCGCGCUCACAGAGACUGCACCUUCCUCUCUGUAUCCAAGGCCCAUUUCUACGAGAUCAUGCGUGAGGAGCCGCAGGUGGUCCUGAACGUAGCUCACACUGUGGUGAGGAGGAUGUCCUCGUUCGUUCGGCAGAUCGAUUUUGCUCUGGACUGGGUGGCUGUGGAGGCUGGUCGGGCUGUUUACAGGUCGUGGUUUGGGUCUCCACACACCCACCAGUAAGUGGGAUGCUGGGAAUCCAGCCUCUAAUCUGUCCACCGUGACCAUCCUGCCUGUGUCUGAUGAGGUUCCCCUCACGUCUUUCACUCUGGAGCUGCAGCAUGCACUCAGCGGCAUCGGCCCAACUCUGCUGUUGACCAGUGACAUCAUCAAACAGAGACUGGGCUCAGCUGCUCUGGACAGUGUCCAUGAGUACCGUUUGUCCAGCUGGCUUGGACAGCAGGAGGACAUCCAUCGCAUUGUCCUCUACCAGUCUGACUCCAACCUCACUCCUUGGACCCAGCGCUGCAUCCGUCAGGCGGACUGCAUCAUCAUCGUGGGACUGGGGGAGCAGGAGCCCACUGUGGGUGAGUUGGAGCGAAUGUUGGAGAGCAGUGCCGUGCGGGCUCAGAAGCAGCUGGUGUUGCUGCACAGGGAGGAUGGACCCCCGCCCAGCGGAACAGCAGAGUGGCUCAACAUGCGCAGCUGGAUCUGCAGACACCAUCACCUGUCCUGCCCUCGCAGAGUCUUCUCCAGGAGGAGUUUACCCAAGCUGAGAGAGUUGUACCAGCGUGUGUUUGAAAAAUGUCCAGAUCGUUACUCAGACUUUUCCCGCCUGGCCCGGAUCCUGACAGGAAACAGCAUUGCCCUGGUGCUGGGUGGUGGAGGUGCCAGAGGUUGCUCUCAGGUGGGGAUCUUGCGGGCGCUGAACGAAGCCGGGAUCCCCAUCGACAUGGUGUGCGGCACCUCCAUCGGCUCCUUCAUGGGGGCCCUGUACGCUGAAGAAAAGAGCAGCAGUCGGAUGAGGGUUCGAGCACGUGAAUGGGCCAUGGGUAUGACUUCUCACUUUAAGAGGAUCUUGGACCUGACCUACCCUGUUACCUCCAUGUUUUCUGGAGCCUCUUUUAACUACAGUAUUAGCUCUGUCUUUAAGGACAAACAGAUUGAGGACCUGUGGUUACCCUACUUCAACAUUACAACAGAUAUCACUGCCUCCUCCAUGAGAGUCCACACUGAUGGGUCGUUGUGGCGUUAUGUCCGUGCCAGUAUGUCGCUGUCCGGCUACCUUCCUCCUCUCUGCGAUCCCAAAGAUGGACACUUACUCAUGGAUGGAGGGUAUAUCAACAACCUUCCCGCUGACGUGGCUCGCUCCAUGGGAGCCAAGGUUGUUAUUGCCAUUGAUGUCGGGAGCAGGAAUGAAACCAGUCUGACCAACUACGGGGACUGUCUGAGCGGCUGGUGGCUGCUGUGGAAACGACUAAACCCACUGGCUGAGAAGGUCAAGGUUUUAAACAUGGCAGAGAUCCAAACCCGGCUCGCUUACGUGUGCUGUGUGAGGCAGCUGGAGCUGGUCAAAGACAGUAAUUACUGCGAGUACAUCCGGCCGCCCAUCGACCGCUACGGCACACUGGACUUUGGCAAGUUCGAUGAGAUUGCUGAGGUGGGAUACCAGCAUGGGAAGACUCUGUUCGAUGUGUGGCACCGCAGCGGCGUGGUGGACAGCAUGCUGAGGGACAGACAUCAGGAGGAGUUUCACAAGACUAAAGCUGGUCAUGUGGUCACAUGUCCAAACGCCUCCUUCACUGACCUGGCAGAGAUCGUGUCGAGAAUUGAACCUGUGAAGAACGCGGUGAUCGACGAGGAACUGUCUGAUGAGUAUCAGACUGACUACGAUGAAGAGGCGGUGGAGAGUGCUCUGUCUGACCUGGAGGCCUUCACUCCUGGCAGUGAGCACACAGAGGGAGAGGAGACUGCAGACACUGCUGAAACUGAUGAAGAGCUUCCAGUCCGCCUUCGGCACCGACCCAAAACGGCCCCACAAAAUGCUCAUCUGUGACGUGUGACAGGCGGUCUGACUGACGGUCCACAGGAAGCACGUCUCGGUGUGCUCGGGUCCAGUACAAGGUCAGCUGUGCAGCCUCAGCAGGACGCUGUGGGUGGAUUCAGUACCUGGAGCAGCUUUCAGACUGUCAGUGGUUCCUGUUGUGGAGCUUAACAAGAGUGAAAUGUUCAUUAUACAGGCACAGCUCAGUUUAUUAGAAUGUCAUUAGAAAGUUCAUUCAGUAAUUCAGUGUAAAAAAUGGAAAGUAAUCUGGAUGAUUAGAGCUGAUGAAAACCAGAAUUCAGUUUCUCAGAUAUUAAAUAUUGCAUAGGACCAAAUAAAAGAGUCAGAACUGUUGGCCUACUGAAACAUCUGUCCAGUGGUGCACACGGUUCUGCUAAUAAAAAAAACUUUCCAUUUAGUGGAUUAGCGUUUUCGCUACCUUUGAAAACCUUUAGCGGAAUUAGCUUUGGCUAAAUUCAAAUCAGGUAAAUUGAAGUCCGACUGUUCGUUUGUGCAGACUGUCGGCUCUAGAGGGGACCAGGAGAACGGUGACUCACACAGAGCAGAGCUGCCACCCAGUGACACCAGCACCCUCACAGCACACACACACCCAUAUCUAGGGGGUCCAGACGGGGUAGAGGUAGGGCAGCCAACUUGGGAUCAGUAAGUCGCGGUUUGACCGUGGUGUCUCUGAGCAAGACACCCAAUCCCUAACUGCUCCCCGAGCACCAACACAGCUGCCCACUGCUCCACCUGGGUAUGACUGGGUGUAUCCCAGGUGUGAUGGGUUAAAUGCAGAGAACACAUAGCACUUACCAGCAACAGUCUCUGACUCAUGGUGUCAGUCAGCCAGUCACAGAGACUUUAACAGAAAGACCAGAGCAGGAAAAUAACAUGAAAACCCAUUUUCACACUCAGAAACAUCUUAAACCAUUGACUGCGCGCCGCAGUCGUCCCAGUCA